UAUAACUCCACUUCUGCUUCUGCUUUUUCUUGGAUCAUCUUCCUCUGUGCCUUUUACAUCUAUAUUCUCACAGCUGUUUAUGACUGUUGUAGUCCCCCUUAUUAUUGGACAGAUUGUCCGAAGAUACAUCAAGGACUGGCUUGAAAGGAAGAAGCCUCCAUUUGGUGCUAUCAGCAGCUGUGUGCUCCUGAUGAUCAUCUACACAACAUUCUGUGAUACUUUUGCCAAUCCAAAUAUUGACCUUGAUAAAUUUAGCUUGAUUAUAAUCGUGUUCAUAAUAUUCUCUGUUCAGAUGAGCUUCAUGUUUUUGACUUUCCUCUUCUCUACAAGGGAUAACUCUAGUUUCACACCAGCAGACACAGUGGCUGUCAUUUUCUGUUCCACACACAAAUCCCUCACCCUGGGCAUCCCAAUGCUGAAGAUUGUGUUUGCGGGUUAUGAGCACCUGUCCUUAAUUUCUGUCCCCUUGCUCAUCUAUCAUCCUGCUCAGAUUCUUCUUGGAAGUCUGUUGGUACCAACAAUAAAAUCUUGGAUGGUUUCUAGGCAAAAGGCACUGAAGUUAACCAGGCAGCCCAAAGCACCAGUGAAGGUCUGAUGAUGGAGAUGGCUGUGUCGCAGUGAAUGUAUAUAUGUACUAUACUGUGAGACAGAUGGAUAUUUGUGAAUGUUGCUUCGGUGCAUAUUUUAUUUUUAUAUAUACAUAUAUAUAUAUAUAUAAAAGAUACCUGUUAAGUGCCUUACAGAUGCAUUCUUGGCAGAAGCAUUGUUUCCAGAAGCCACUUUGUUGGUUACUGCAAGAGGUUGUACAGUAUUUUGGAGUCCUUUAGUUUUUAUUUUUCUAGCAGAGUGAGUGGCCAUGACUCACAGCUGGUUCUUCCAUUGCCCCUGCUUUGAAGCCAGGGUGCAGCAGCUGUAAGUCUCUGUUUUAAAGUAGCCAAAAUGACCAGAAGCCUACCCCACUGCUGGCUUACCCUGGGGAAGAGCUUUCUGAAGGUUUGGUUUUGUGUGUUUUUUUUUCCAAGAUUGACUUGAAUUUCUGUGUGACUCUGUUACACUCCAUAGUCAUAUGACUGUGACAUGCCUUUUUCUUCUGAGUUUGUGUAUACUCAGCAUGGGGCCAUCCAUUGGAUAGAAGCUGAGAAGCAUGAAUUAUUUGCAUUUUGUUGACACAGUUGUCUAGACAUUCCUUCAAAGUUAAUGGUUUCUCAAGAAAAUUCUUUCAAUUCCAUUGUAUGAUAUUGUGCCAUUGUAUAUCUUAAAUGCCUCAUAAGCUUCUUCAAAGAAAUGGUCUGGUGCUUGGGUUAUGAGUGAAGUAUUUGUGUUUGCAGCUAGGAGAUCUUUUAUCAUUUACCCCUGAAGAACACAAAUUUUUGUUUUCCUUUUUUCUUUUCCUUCCCCUGCUACAAUGCACAGAGAUCUGCAGUGACAGAACUUAGGAUGCUAAUGCUGAAAGAGAGCCUUCACUGUAGUAAGCCAAGCUAUGUUUUCUGUAUUGCUGCAUUGGUAAAGAAUAAUAGCUUGUGAGGACAAGAAAGUUUAUGAUUUUUUUUUCCAAUUAAAAGUAGAUCCUCACAGAAACAGGUAUGCUAAUUUGACAAUCAGCCACAACUUUUUUAAAAAAAUGAAAUGUUACACUUUUUGAUAAACUCAUAUAAAAAAUA